AUGGCUCCCACAUUAUCUUCCUCAUCCUUUCACCCUGCUCUUGUUGUUUCUAACAUCAAGACACAUGUUCCCAUCACUCUUGAGAUGGAGAAGGUCCAGUAUACAAAUUGGGCGGAGUUAUUCAAGGUCCAUUGUCGUUCUCACAAGGUUCUUCAUCAUAUUAUCCCACCGAAAUCUAAGGACGGGAAGGCCACAGAGCCAGCCACCCUUAGUCAGGAAGAACAAGAGCUGUGGGAUACGUUGGAUGCUGCUGUCGUUCAGAGGAUUUAUUCCACGAUUUUGACAGAUCUCUUGAAUGUCGUUAUUGAAGCCGAUAUUUCUGCCAUGACUCUAUGGAAUUGUCUUCGCGAUUUGUUUCAGGAUAAUGAGAACUCUCGUGCCUACCUUAAAACACUUUCCGACCAACUCAAGAAUAUUGGUGCUCCAGUUUCAAACAAUCAUCUUGUUCUUCGCAUGGUGGGUGGUCUCACACCGGCUUACAAGGGAGUUGCUUCUGUUAUUCGCCACAAAAAGGUACUACAUCCUUUUUAUGAAGUUCGAUCGAUGUUGGCCUUAGAAGAAACCAAUAUGAAGGAGGCGACGGCUGAUGAUGCAAUGAUGGUGACUAAUCAUGACACUGAUGAGAUUUCUAAUCAUCAUUCUCCAGGUCGCGCACGUGGGAAACAAAACAAGCACCGCAACAACAACAAAAAUCGUAAACCUACUAGUAGUGGAGUUCAGACGUCGGGUGCUGGACGUGGUGGCAACUGUGGAGGUGGUCCAAACUUUGGCGAUGGUCAGCAGGGUCCGAUGCAACCACCAUGGGCUAUGCCUCCUUGGUGGACAUGGAUGCAACCAACUUGGGCCAUACCUCCUUGUCCAUAUCCGACUCAACCUUGGGGUAGGCAAGUUGGACCACGACAGCCUGGUAUUCUAGGAGCACGACCCCAGCAACAGUAA